AUGAACAUAACUACUUCUGACAAUUCUAAUUUAUAUCAAGAAUCAGUGAUUCUCACAUCUCCUAUUCCUACAAAAAUCAUAUCAAUAGAAGAGAAAGAAGAAAAUGAAUUUCUGAAACGAAUACAUAAAGAACAAAUUAAACAGUUUAAUUUAUGUGAUAUAAAAACUGUUACACUGGAAACAAAUCCAAAAAAUUCAACUGAG